UGUGCUUUCAGCCAAUUAAUCCUUAUUCUCUGAGAAAAGACCACUUAGAGAUAUUCUUCAGGUUUUUCAAAUCUGAUCCCCAAUUUAACAAUAGCCUAAUAGCUAUGGACAAAGUGAUCAAUUUAAUAUAACGGGCUAUAAAGAUAAUAGGCCUAAUAAUUAUAAUUUAGUUCUGGGUCUCAGGAGAAGGAUAUGGAUAGGCAUUUCACGUUGGACCACAUUCUACACUUUCGCUGCUUUGGAAAUGAGCCAAAACCUGUGGCUGGUGUCAAGCUAGCCUGAACAGAUACUUUCAGACAUCUAAUUUCUUCACUUCAUUCCUGAGGCAGGACUGCGCCCACCCCUUGUGUAAGCAAUUUAAACCUGAUAGGAGAUCAUCAGCUAUCUGCAGCCACUUCAGCCCGAGGACGAGCAUCAGGCUGUGUCUGCAGCUCCACACAUCACACUUCACGAUGCUUUGACGCUCAGCUCGCUUGUGUCGCGUCACUCCAGUGAUUUUUGAUCGGAGAGAGUAAAUAACCAAUUUGCUCCGACCGCCUCAGCAUUCGAUGCACUCUGCGUUUCAUUUAUUUGUUGUUAAACUGCAGACAAGUGCCUGAACGAAUGAGUGUAUCAAUACUUAAUUUUAUAAUAUGAACUUUUUGCCAAGUGGAAUAUGUUUUUAUCUGUCCGUGGCAAUUUGCUGGUUCACAUCAAGGGUCGACGCAUCGUGGUGGUACAUGGGCACUCUUGGAUCGCAAGUGAUGUGCGACAACAUCCCUGGGUUAAUUAACAAACAACGCCAGUUGUGCCGCCAGCAUCCCAAGGUGAUGCAGGCUAUAGGAGCUGGGAUUAAAAACUGGAUUGGAGAAUGUCAGCACCAGUUCAGGAACCACCGGUGGAAUUGCAAUACCAUGGCGCGCGAGCACAAUCUUUUUGGGAGGCUUUUGCAUCGAAGCAGUCGUGAGGCCGCCUUUGUCUAUGCCAUCUCCUCAGCAGGUAUGGUCUACACCUUGACCAGGGCAUGCAGUCAGGGUGAACUGGAAAACUGCUCUUGCGACCCCGGAAAAAAGGGCUCAUCUCGUGAUGCCAAGGGAGCUUUCGACUGGGGUGGGUGCAGCGAUCAUGUUGACCAUGCAAUCAAGUUCACUCAGGUCUUCAUUGACGCCAAGGAGAGGAAGGAGAGAGAUGCACGAGCGCUCAUGAACUUGCACAACAACCGUGCAGGGAGGAAGGCAGUGAAGCGCUUUAUGAACCUAGAGUGUAAGUGUCAUGGUGUCAGUGGCUCAUGCAAUGUACGUACCUGCUGGUUAGCCAUGGCAGACUUCAGGCAGACUGGAGACUAUCUCCGCAAAAAGUACAACAAUGCCAUUCAGGUGGUGAUGAACCAGUAUGGAACAGGCUUCACCAGUGCCUACAGGAUGUUUAAGAGGCCUACCAAAAAUGACCUUGUCUACUUUGAAGACUCGCCUGACUACUGUAUAUGGGACCAUGAGUCUGGAUCUGUGGGCACUGGUGGGCGAGUAUGCAACCGUACAUCCCGUGGAGCUGACAGCUGUGAGGUCAUGUGUUGUGGGCGGGGCUAUGACACAUCACGUGUGAGCCGCACCACCAAGUGUGAGUGCAAGUUCCACUGGUGUUGUGCUGUUCACUGCAGGGACUGCGAAGAGGAGGUAGAUGUGCAUACCUGCAAAACCCAGUCAUGACCUCACAACUCCUGCACUUCAGUUACCUUCUAAAUGAAAGAUCCCACCUCAAACCUUUGACCUUGUACAGUGCUUUUCUCUGGCAAGUUAGAUAAAAGUAGACCAGACAUUGCAGCAUGGCAUAUACAAAUGACCAGCAACUUAAAGGUACACUAUGUAAGUUUUGCAUUUUGUGGAAGGACAUUGUUUUGGUUGUGCUUUGGCACUGCGUGACUGUGCGGAUGAAGAGAGAGAUAUUAACAUACUGCUCAUAAAACAUCCCCCCCCCAAUAAUACAAAUAUUUAUUACUGCUUUGGAGCAUAAGAAUGUUUAUCUUUAAUGUAUUUCAUGUUUUGAAAUGUAAAUACAAACUCUAUGUAAUUUAAAAUAAAACUUACAUCUAUGUUACAUCAAAUAUUCAUCAAAAGUUUGUUGUCCUGUUUUGCAGUAAACACUAUAAACUAUAUUUUUGCUUUCUGAAAUUGGUCAUUUUUCAUAUGUCAAAUGUGAUAUAAACAAUUAAUGACUAGAUGGAGUAAACAUCACUUUGGAAUAAACAUUUUUGUCUGAAGUAUAGCCUAUUCAGUCUGUAUAAAGGCUAGAAAACCUAUGAUUCAUUCAUUUAGUGGCUCUAAAUAAGAGCUAGAUUAAAAAAAAAAAAAUAGACAUUAUUAUUGUGCAAGAGGAUUGAAAGAAAACUGUCUGACAAAAAAGCCCUCAAAAAGCCUCAGUGCUGACACCCUCAGGACAUCUCAAAUAGAUGGUCUCUCUCUAACCUCAAAAGUAAUAACAUAAAGCA